AUGGCAACCGCUACACACUACGACGCCAUCAUAAUAGGCUCGGGCCAAGGCGGUACUCCGCUCGCAAAAGCAUUGGCUGAGGCAAACAAGAAAACUGCACUCAUAGAAAAAAUACACAUCGGCGGUUGUUGCGUUAACGAAGGCUGUACGCCGACCAAGACUAUGAUCGCAUCAGGCCGCGUCGCGCAUUUGAUCCGCAGGGGGCCGGACUAUGGUAUCCACUUACCCGGGCAGGUAGGACUGAAGAAUGAGUUCACUGUUUCGAUGGACAAAGUGCGACAGCGAAAGCGCGAUAUAGUGAGCUCCUUCCGGAGCGGGAGUGAAAAACGCCUGGAAAGUGCUGGCGUUGAUGUUCUGCGGGGUGAGGCGCGCUUUCACGAUGCGAACACCCUCAAAGUGAUGUUCCCCGAUGGGAGCCACAGACUUAUCAACGGAGAAAAGAUCAUUGUGAAUGUUGGUUGCCGACCGGCGCCUCCAAGUCUCGAUGGAUUGGAAAAGAUAGACAAGGCCAGAGUACUGGACUCCACGUCUAUUCAAGAGCUAGGUGAGCUGCCGGGGCAUUUAGUUGUUAUCGGAGGUGGGUAUGUGGGAGUUGAGUUCGGCCAACUGUUCGCGAGACUCGGGUCGAAGGUGACGAUGGUUCAGCGGGGAGCACAGCUGUUGCCUCGCGAAGACAAAGAGAUAGCAGCUGAGCUGUUGGAUAUCCUGCGGGACGAGCAUUUGACGAUUCAUCUGGGGGCCAGACCCACAUCGAUUUCAUCUACAUCUAUGGAAACAUUCAGUUUAUCAAUGGAGACUCAAGGCGGCACUGAGAUUGUGAGCAAUGUCACUCAUCUUCUCUUUGCUGCUGGUAGAGUUCCUAACACAGAUCAUCUGAACGCACAUGCUGCGGGGAUUGAAGUCGAUGCAAAAGGGUACAUCAAGUGCAACGAGUUCCUAGAGACUUCUGUCCCUUCUAUUUAUACCCUAGGCGAUGUUAAGGGCCCUCCUGCCUUUACACAUAUAUCCUAUGAUGACUUUCGGAUUUUGAAGGCUUCUCUACUCUCUGACUCUUUGGCGCAUUCAGGACCCUCUGUGACAGACAGGCUCGUGCCCUAUGUGGUAUAUACAGACCCACAGCUCGGCCACGUUGGACUGCACGAAAGAGAGGCGCGCGAGCGAUAUCCACACAUGAGAAUAUCAACAGCGGCUAUGCCAAUGAGCUACGUUGCCAGGGCAUUGGAGACCGAUGAAUCGAACGGGAUGAUGAAAGCAGUCGUCAAUGCCGAUGAUGGGCAAAUUCUUGGCUUUACAUGUCUCGGCACGGAAGGGGGAGAGCUUAUGAGUGUCGUAGAGAUGGCUAUGAUUGCAAAGCUUCCAUAUUGGAAAUUGCAAGAUGCUGUUUUUGCGCAUCCGGCUUUUGCUGAAAGCCUGAAUAAUCUCUGGGGUUUUUUGAAUUGA